UCUAAUAGAAUCACGACGCUCAGAAAGGAUACUGAAAAGUUUACAAGCUUCCAACGACGGAUAUCACGAACACAAACGUGUUCAAUCCUAACAGUUCCGAAAAUAAUGCCAAGAAUUCUGCUACAGAGAGCUGAAGAAAUAUUUCCUGCUGUAAGAGAAAGGAUGAACUAUACAAAUUCAGAGAACAUUUUAGUGGGUCCAUAUGGUGAGACAUACCCAGCAAGACAUGAUGCAAACCAGACCAUGAAUAUAAAAGCUGAAGAAGUCUCAUACGCAGAAGAGGAAACAAAUCCUCUUCAGAAUAUAAAGGCUGAACCUGAGAACUACACAAAUUCAGAGAAUGUUUUAGUGUGUCCAUAUGGUGAGAUGUACCCCACCCCUCAUGAUACAAAUCAGGCCAUGAAUAUAAAAGUGAAGGAAGGUUCAGAUGCAGAAGAGGGAGAGGAUCCUGUCCCAAUAACAUUUCCAGAAAUAAAGGCUGAACCUGAGAGUACUUUGAAUGAACUUCAGCCUGUGCAUGGUGAGGAGCAACAGUAUUCUUGUGAUGAGUGUGGUGAUUCAUUCAGUCAACAGCUAAUUCUGAGAGCACACCAACAUAUGCAUACUGGGGAGCGGCCAUUUAGAUGUGAUGUAUGUAAUAAGUCAUUCAAUCAACGGAGUAACCUGAAUGCACAUCAGCGCGUACAUACUGGGGAGCGGCCAUUUAGAUGUGAUGAAUGUAAUAAGUCAUUCAGGUGUAAGCGUAAUCUGCAGACACAUCUGCGCAUACAUACUGAGGAGCGGCCAUUUGUCUGUGAUGUAUGUAAUAAGUCAUUCAAUCAACGGAGUAACCUGAAUGCACAUCAGCGCGUACAUACUGGGGAGCGGCCAUUUAGAUGUGAUGAAUGUAAUAAGUCAUUCAGGUGUAAGCGUAAUCUGCAGACACAUCUGCGCAUACAUACUGAGGAGCGGCCAUUUGUAUGUGAUGUAUGUAAUAAGGCUUUCAGAGAACAGAGUCACCUGAAGACACAUCAGGGCAUACACACUGGGGAGCGGCCAUUUGACUGUGAUGUAUGUAAUAAGUCAUUCAGUGAUCAUAGUGCACUGAAGAGACAUCAGCGCAUACAUACUGGGGAGCAGUCAUUUGUAUGUGAUGUAUGUAAUAAGGCAUUCAGGAAUCAGGAUACACUGAAGAAACAUCACCGCAUACAUACUGGGGAGCGGCCAUUUGUAUGUGAUGUAUGUAAUAAUGCAUACAGGAAGCAGAGUACACUGAAGAAACAUCAGCGCAUACAUACUGGGGAGCGGCCAUUUGUAUGUGAUGUGUGUAAUAAGGCAUUCAGGAAUCAGGAUACACUGAAGAAACAUCAGCGCAUACAUACUGGGGAGCGGCCCUUUGUAUGUGAUGUAUGUAAUAAGGCAUUCAGGAAUCAGGAUACACUGAAGAAACAUCAGCGCAUACAUACUGGGGAGCGGCCAUUUGUAUGUGAUGUAUGUAAUAAGGCUUUCAGAGAUCAGAGUCACCUGCAGACACAUCAGCGUAUACACGUUGACAUGUGCAGUAAAUCAUAAAGCAGUAGAGAUGGGUUUAGACUAAAGGAACAAUAUGUAAUUUGUAGCAUUCCACAGUAUUUCAUGUUGUAGAUAAGACAGUUUUGCUGUCUGUUGCAUGCUGCAAGAUAUUGGGAGCUUUUUACUGUUGCUAACCUUUCCAACUGACGGGAAUGAACCAAGCCCCAUAGUACAACAUGUCAGUGUGUAUCAACAUCUGUUUAAUUAUAAUUAUUGACUGUGCACAAGACCCUGUCUUGUUGAGUGGAAACAGACAUGACAUGAUGUUAAUCUGCAGUGGAAGCUAGCAGUUAGUAGCAUGUAGUGACUGAAAUUGAUUGGCAGCUUCAUUUGUUUUUUGUUCUUUGUUAUCUAUGCUCUUCCACCACCUUCUGUGAGUAAAUUCGUUGAUUAGUUAGUUGCAAAUUUAUAUAUAAUUUGGAUUGAGUAUAAUGAGAUGACUGUUAUGAAUUGGUCAGAUGAACACAAACAGUGCUGUAUUGGUUAUUGCAGACAAAAUAUUAUAUUGUGGGAUACUUGGUAUAAUGAUUAUAAAAAGCAAUUUAAAUAAAGAUGUCUUGAGUCUUCUUGUGGAGAAAUAAAAUAGUACAGUAAAUGUAAUUUAUAGGAUCAUGAAGACUUGCAUACAUCUUUUCAUUGUGAAUAUCAGAUAGCAAAGUGCAAUGUGAGAGAUGUGGAUUUUAUCAGCGCGUUGCUAGGUGACAAAUCUGUGAACACUUUCAUGGUGCAACAGGAAGUACGAGUGACAUUACAUACCCCCACUCAUCGCAUUGCUGUGUGACACUCGGUAAACAGCCCUCCCCACUAGGCUGUCAUCACUCAACAGUAGGCAAUCCAUGUGUAAACAUGCCUGAAAACAAUACCUGAUAUCUGUUGCCAAGCAGCAGUGUGUUUUCUAUGUGGUCCAUGCCAAGUAUUGAGGAGUUCGUAGAAGACAUGUGAAGUUUUAAAGGAUGAUUCUGAAGGCUUUAUGU